AUGGUGUCCCGAAAGGCCGUGGCUGCUCUGCUGGUGGUGCACGUGGCUGCCAUGCUGGCCUCCCAGACAGAAGCCUUCGUUCCCAUCUUCACCUACAGUGAGCUCCAGAAGAUUCGGGAAAAGGAGCGCAACAAAGGGCAAAAGAAGUCCUUGAUUUUACAGAAGAAGUCUGAGGAAGUGGGGCCUCUGGACCCUGUGGAGCCCACAGAGGAAGAAGAAAACCAAGUUAUCAAGUUGACUGCUCCUGUGGAAAUUGGAAUGAAGAUGAACUCCAGGCAGCUGGAAAAGUACUGGGCCGCCCUGGAAGAGCUGCUGAGUGAGGUGCUGCUGACCCCCCAGAACGGUACGGGAAGGCAGGGCCCUGCACCUGGGACCUGGCCUCAGCCAUCCUGUGUCAAUAUUCUGGGAGCGCACCUGAGCACGGUGUGCAGAUGACGAUUUGCUUUUGUGCCUUGCACUUGAGAAUAUGAAGCUGUCUUCUGGGGAAAGGGCACCCGUCUCUGAGAAGAGCCUAAUCAUUGAGCAAUUCCCCAGCCAGGGGCAUUUCAAGGUCCUGCCCUGAAGGCUCAGCCCCCUUUCCCAAAUGCCCUCUGGCGGAGCAGACCACAACACACCCAACCCUCCCUCU